AUGAAGACACGAGUGGUAUGUUUUUUAAAACUCUUUUGGAAAGAGGGAAGUUAUGGGGAAAAUAGACAUCUAGUCUACUGCUACAGUAUCAUGCUGCUAGUCUAGUCUACUCUCCUGUUUAAAUAUUUUAGUCUCUCUAUAACAAUGGGUUGGAUGAUGGUUUUAAAGAUUAUAAUUGAAAGACUACCAGAGCUCACAGCUGUCAUUGUUUUUAAAUCAUAGAGCGCAUCUGUUGUUUUGAGUAGGCCUAGUGGAUGAGAGAUGAGAAAAAUGAAAUGUAAUCACAGAAAGAAGAGAUAUGCUAUUAUUUGUCAUCUCACAAAAAAAAUUCUAAGCUGUUAACAGAGUUUAAAAGUUAUAAUUUGUCAUUAUAUUGUAGAAUUGAAAUGCUAUAAAUAAGGCACUAAAGCUGCAAUAUGUAGCUUUUUGGGGACCCGACAAAAUGCACAUAGAAAUAUGAGUUAUAGAUCUGUCAUUCUCUUUGAAAGCAAGUCUAAGAAGCGGUAGAGCUGUUCUAUUGUGCACUAUUUAUAUGCAUCUUGUUCCUAAGUUUAGUCUUUUACUUUCGGUUUUGUAUAGGCUUACCAGCUUCAAACAGCUGAAAAUACAAUAUUUUUGGUUAUUGAAAAAUAUAUUUCAAAGCUGUUUAGAUAAUACAAUGACUCUCUUCACUGCUUGUUUUGUCACAUAAACUGAAAUUAAACGAACUAAUAGCAUACUGCAUUUUUUUUAUUACAAACCGGUCGAAUACCUCAUGAUAUAGCCUAUUUGACCAAUUCCCUCCAUAUUAUAGUGCCAUGGGGUUAUCUGCAUUAUCGUUAUUACCAUGGGUACCAUUCUUAUGGUUGUGUACAACAACAACUUCACCGACACAUCAGAGUUUGACUCGGAGAAUCCCGGGAAAGCGCAGCCUAAACCACCAAGAGCCCCAUCAUCAACCCUAGAGGGCUACACUGGACUCAUCGAUCAACAGGUAAGCAGUAGGCUACACUGACUAUUAGGGCUGGGCGAUAUGGCCAAAAUAUCAUAUCACUAUAUUCCCCCCCCAAAUUUUUUUUUUACGUUAUUAUGGUAUUUGACAGUAUUUUAUGUUUUUGAAUAAUAAAACAUAUAAAUAUUAUUUAUGAGUAGUUCAUGACCCUAGGGUGGAAACACAAAUUAUAAGUGAUUUCAAUAGGACUUUCUCCAUUCUAAAUGUUUUAUAUUGUUCAAUCCAACUUUCGAACAAAAAUAACUUUGAGCAUUUCCAUACAUUUCCACAUUUCCUGCACUUUUGUUAUAAUUUCCACACUGUGCCGCACAGAGAAGUAUGAUAUGGGCAAAACAUCCAGGUCUAGUUAACUGGUGAACUGUUGGAAUCAUGGACAUAUAAUGAUUCAUCUAAUUCUAUAGUUGGAAUAUAGUGGGCAGCACUUUAAAUACAUUGUUUGACAUGACAACGAAUGAAUAAACCAGGGGGGAAUUUUUGACAGGGUAGGAGCUAAAGUGUUGGUCAGUGUUUCCAGGGAACCCUAAUUAGUACAGUCGUGGUCAAAAGUUUUGAGAAUGACACAAAUAUUAAAUUUCACAAAGUCUGCUGCCUCAGCUUUUAUGAUGGCAAUUUGCAUAUACUCCAGAAUGUUAUGAAGAGUGAUCAGAUGAAUUGCAAAUAAUUGCAAAGUCCCUCUUUGCCAUGAAAAUGAACUUAAUCCCAAAAAAACAUUUCCACUGCAUUUCAGCCCUGCCACAAAAGGACCAGCUGACAUCAUGUCAGUGAUUCUCUCGUUAACACAGGUGAGAGUGUUGACGAGGACAAGGCUGGAGAUCACUCUGUCAUGCUGAUUGAGUUAGAAUAACAGACUGGAAGCUUUAAAAGGAGGGUGGUGCUUGAAAUCAUUGUUCUUCCUCUGUUAACCAUGGUUACCUGCAAGGAAACACGUGCCGUCAUCAUUGCUUUGCACAAAAAGGGCUUCACAGGCAAGGAUAUUGCUGCUAGUAAGAUUGCACCUAAAUCAACCAUUUAUCGGAUCAUCAAGAACUUCAAGGAGAGAGGUUCAAUUGUUGUGAAGAAGGCUUCAGGGCGCCCAAGAAAGUCCAGCAAGCGCCAGGACCCUCUCCUAAAGUUGAUUCAGCUGUGGGAUCGGGGCACCACCAGUGCAGAGCUUGCUCAGUAAUGGCAGCAGGCAGGUGUGAGUGCAUCUGCAGGCACAGUGAGGCGAAGACUUUUGAAGGAUGGCCUGGUGUCAAGAAGGGCAGCGAGGAAGCCACUUCUCUCCAGGAAAAACAUCAGGGACAGACUGAUAUUCUGCAAAAGGUACAGGGAUUGGACUGCUGAGGACUGGGGUAAAGUCAUUUUCUCUGAUGAAUCCCCUUUCCGAUUGUUUGGGGCAUCUGGAAAAAAGCUUGUCCGGAGAAGACAAACAGUAAAGCAUCCUGAGACCAUUCAUGUGUGGGGUUGCUUCUCAGCCAAGGGAGUGGACUCAGUCACAAUUUUGCCUAAGAACACAGCCAUGAAUAAAGAAUGGUACCAACACAUCCUCUGAGAGCAACUUCUCCCAACCAUCCAAGAACAGUUUGGUGACCAUCAAUGCCUUUUCCAGCAUGAUGGAGCACCUUGCCAUAAGGCAAAAGUGAUAACUAAGUGGCUCGGGGAACAAAACAUCGACAUUUUGGGUCCAUGGCCAGGAAACUCUCCAGGCCUUAAUCCCAUUGAGAACUUGUGGUCAAUCCUCAAGAGGCGGGUGGACACAUAUAAACCCACAAAUUCUGCCAAACUCCAAGCAUUGAUUAUGCAAGAAUGGGCUGCCAUCAGUCAGGAUGUGGCCCAGAUGUUAAUUGACAGCAUGCCAGGGCGGAAUGCAGAGGUCUUGAAAAAGAAGGGUCAACACUGCAAAUAUUGACUCUUUGCAUAAACGUAAUGUAAUUGUCAAUAAAAGCCUUUGACACUUAUGGAAUGCUUGUAAUUAUACUUCAGUAUACCAUAGUAACAUCUGACAAAAAUAUCUAAAAACACUGAAGCAGUAAACUUUGUGAAGACCAAUACUUGUGUCAUUCUCAAAACUUUUGACCACGACUGUACAUUUAGCAAGCUAGCUAGCCAGCUAACUAGCGAUUAGCGUUAACGGCUAACACCAUUUAUUUUAGACAGAACUUGCUAAGAAAAGACAAACUAGCAGACUAACUAGUAGUUUGCAGACAGUAAGAUACACAAACUAAUAGUGUCACUAUAGAACGCUUGUAGAAAGCAGCAUUGUUGUCACCAACAUCUUUUUGCAUCUGACCAUGCAGACGGCAGAAUGAACGGCAAGAUAGUGCUCUCUCCUUGAGUGACAGGGGGGCGGGGCUUGGUGUGGGAAGCAGCAUGCAGCAUGAGGAGAGGGAGAAAGACGUCUCACGUAAAAAACUGACUAAACCAUAAAACACAUCACAUUUAACAAAAAAACAUUGAAAUAGCGUUAUAGAAGGUAAAGUAAAAACCCAAACUGGUUCCUGCAUCAAUACCGGUAUAUAGUAAAAUAAGGUAUACUGCCCAGCCCUACUGACUAUAGUAAUGUGGUUUUCUGUAGAAAUGUGUCAUGAUAUUGAAAAAAUGUAUGGACAACCAAUGCUGUCAACAGACAGAGGUUGUUGCAUGUAUCAUUUAUUCCAAAGUCUUUGUAGCCUAGAUAUUUCAAAAUGUUAGGUAUUCAAUCAAUCCUAUCAUCCAAAGCACUGUUUACAACACGAUCACUAGACUUUUCAAUUACCUAAUGCCCUUCGUUGCCACACACAUCUUCAUACAGUCUGUUUAAGGUUCAAUCGUUUGGUAUUGGUAUUUUGGUAUUUUAUUAGGAUCCCCUUCAGCUGUUGCAAUAGCAGCAGCUACUCUUCCUGGGGUCCACACAAAACAUGAACAUGGCAUAAUACAGAACAUCAAUAGACAAGAACGACUCAAGGACUGAACUACAUACAUUUAAAACAAACUAAGAUGAGGGCUAAUCGAUUCCGUGUCUUUUGAGUAUAAUUGUAAUCAGUGGCCUUAGCCGAUAUGUUGGGCAUCAGGCACCUGAGAGGCACAUUGAUUGCUCUAGUGAUGUUGUACAUUUAUAAUACAUGCUGGUCCUCCUGAUAUGUAUUCAGUUGUCGUUCAGGUAAUGCUGGCAGGUCAGCUCACAUGAAUAUGAAUAUCCCAGGUAGGCUACACUUGUAAUGGCUUAUUGCUAAAGAUCUGGGGAUUACCCUUGAGCCAGACUGACUGGGUAUAGGUCUUUGAUAAUGGUAACCGUUUGCAGUGUGUUUGAGUUCCGUUUCCAAAGCAGUCAAUUAGGAUGAUUGGUAGUUAGAUUAAUUUCAUUAAUUUGUCUUGAAAGCAAUGCAAUUAUAACAGGUUGUAUAUUAUACAGGGUUUGGCUUAUGGCCAGUUUAGUGGCAGUCGGUGUACUUCGCUGUAUUAAGAUCAUAGUCUACUUUAGGUGUAUCUGUCCAAUGUACUAUGCAUCAUUUCUUCAACUAUAUUCAUUUUUGAUGUACAGGUGGAGUAUCUUAAUUAGGUUAAUAUGUUGUCGCUGAGAAUUCUUCUGCACUGCAGGAAAUUCAAAUGAGCCUUGUGAUUUACAUAAAGUCACUGAAAACCUGCAGUUCUCUUUCUCUCGCUUAAACGCUAAAGCACAAGACAGAAUAAAUGUCCUAUUACUGACGAUCCUACUACUGUGACAUUCAAAUGUACAAAAAUGUAUUUGAAAUGCAGCCAUACACAUCAACAACCAUUGUUUUAUAUAGCUUAAUAACACAAGAUAGAUAUUGAUCUCCACUACGACAUACAAGUGUACACCUAAACUAUAGCCUAUUGUAGCCUAUCAAAACGAAUUGCCCGUUAGAAUGAUCACUUUUUUUAAAAUAAUCAAAACCUCCUGCUGCAGGAUUAUUUACUCCUGCGACAAAACUGGUCAAAUUAAGAUCCUACAUCUGUACUGUGCACUGUUUUGACCAUCAGAAUACAUUUCAGCUAUGCACUUUUUCUUCAUUUCAGAUGUGACUUACUUAAUUUUAGUAGUUGUUAUUUGAAUUGGGAAACAGAUGCAUGACAGAACUAAAUAUAUUGUUUUCUUUCUUUAUGAUAAGUACUUGAGUGUAGUCUAGACAAUGUUGUCUCCUAAAUUGCUGCAGUAGUCUCUUUGAGCUUGGCAGUAUAGGUCUCGACAGGGAAGCCCCAUCUUUAAAUUCUCUCUGUAUUUUAAUACUCUUUCUCCAAAUUCAUAAUUUAUGCGUGUGCCUGCCAUAAAAUAUUUAAUGAUACUUUUUUUUAAAGGAGAAGCUUCCUGUGCAUAAAGCUUCCAAAGCUUCCCAAGUAGUCUCAUACAAGAGCUAACCUAUGACUUCAUAUCAUAUACAGUAGCUUUAUUCGUAUAAUAGCCUACUUUUCAUUUCUCAGACUCACAGAGCUAUGGCGGAGAACACAGUGUUGACCUUAAAGUGGAUCAAAAGGCUCAUGAUGUGUUUUGGUAACCAUCCUCUGUAGGAGAGAGGCAUUGCUCCCAUAACUUCAGCCUGUGUAACAAUCAAGCUGGUUAUCGUUCCAAAAUAUCAAAUCAAGGCAUUGAUAGUGCCUUUCAAAACGCUGUCUGAUUAAGAUGGCGUCUGCCCUUUGACCAAACAAACACACACACACGCACACACCAGCAGACAGACACAAACACAGACACACACAGACACACACGCACACACACACACACACACACACACACACACACACACACACACACACACACACACACACACACACACACACACACACACACACACACACACACACACACACAGCAGACAGACAAACCCUACCAAACCCCAUUCCUCAACCUCAGCACAAGUUCUCCAGUCAGACAAAAUGGGGUGCCGCAUGGGCGUGUGUUGGUGCCUUUGGAUUUUUGUUGUUGUUGUUCCUGAAUGAAUGAAGAUGCACAGUAGAUGGUUCUGUAGCGAGGGACUAACUUACACUACAUGACUAAAAGUAUGCUCGUCGAACAUCUCAUUCCAAAAUCAUGGGCGUUAAUAUGGAGUUAGGUCCCCACUUUGCUGCUAUAACAGCCUCCACUCUGGGAAGGCUUUCCACUAGAUGUUGGAACAUUGCUGCGUGGACUUGCUUCCAUUCAGCCACAAGAGCAUUAUUGAGGUCGGGCACUGAUGUUUGGUGAUUAGGCCUGGCGUUCCAAUUCAUCCCAAAGGUGUUCGAUGGGUUUGAGAUCAGGGCUCUGUGCAGGCCAGUCAAGUUCUUCGACACCAAUCUCAACAAACCAUUACUGUAUGGACCUCGCUUUGUGUACGGGGGCAUUGUCAUGCUGAAACAGGAAAGGGCCUUCCCCAAGAAUCGUCUAGAAUGUCAUUGUGUGGUGUAGCGUUAAUAUUUCCCUUCACUGGAACUAAGGGGCCUAGCCCAAACCAUGAAAAACAGCCCCAGACCAUUAUUCCUCCUCCACCAAACUUUACAGUUGGCACUAUGCAUUGGGGCAGGUAGCGCCAAACCCAGAUUUGUCCGUCGGACUGCCGGAUGGUGAAGCAUGAUUCGUCACUCCAGAGAAUGCGUUUCCAUUGCUCCAGAGUCCAAUGGCGGCAAGCUUUACACCAUUCCAGCCGACGCUUGGCAUUGCGCAUGGUAAUCUUAGGCUUGUGUGUGUCUGCUCGGCCAUGGAAACCCAUUUGAUGAAGCUCCAGACGAACAGUUAUUGUGCUGACGUUGCUUCCAGAGGCAGUUUGGAACUCGGUAGUGAGUGUUGCAACUGAGGACACACAAUUGUUUCGCGAUACGCACUUCAGAACUCGGCGGUCCCGUUCUGUGAGCUUGUGUGGCCUACCACUUCGCGGCCACUUCCUACCACUUUGAGCCGUUGUUUCUCCUAGAUGUUUCCACUUCACAAUAACAGCACUUACAGUUGACCGGGGCAGCUCUAGCAGGGCAGAAAUGUGACGUACUGACUUGUUGGAAAGGUGGCAUCCUAUGACGGUGCCACGUUGAAAGUCACUGAGCUCUUCAGUAAGGCCAUUCUACUGCCAAUGUUUGUCUAUGGAGAUUGCAUGGCCGUGUGCUCAAUUGUAUUAACCUCUCAGCAACAGGUGUGGCUGAAAUAGCCGAAUCCACUCAUUUGAAGGCAUGUCCACAUACCUUUGUAUAUACUGUAUAGUGUAUCAGAAUGCCUUCCUGGCUCCCUCAGGGUGGGAGUGAUAUGGGAGCAGUGAGCCACAGCACCGUGAAAGGACACUGCGUCUCUCAGGUGGCGCCGGACAAGGAGAGGCUACAAAGGACAGGAGUUGAGAACAGGAUAAAAUCAGGAGCUGUGUCUGGAGUUGUUCUGUUCACAGUUGAAUGGUUACAAGCUUCAGAGAGUUUCGGCUGCUAUUGUACUGUUCAUGUCCAGCACAACUAUGUCAACAACUACAGACCAGUAUCCCUUCUUUCUUUUCUCUCCAAAACUCUUGAGCGUGCCUACUAUAGCCAACUCUCCUGCUAUCUCUCUCAGAAUGACCUUCUUGAUCCAAACCAGUCAGGUUUCAAGACUGGUCAUUCAACUGAGACUGCUCUUCUCUGUGUCAAGGAGGCUCUCCGCACUGCUAAAGCUAACUCUCUCUCCUCUGCUCUCAUCCUUCUAGACCUAUCUGCUGCAUUUGAUACUGUGAACCAUCAGAUCCUCCUCUCCACCCUCUCCGAGUUGGGCAUCUCCGGCGCGGCUCACUCUUGGAUUGCGUCCUACCUGACAGGUCGCUCCUACCAGGUGGCGUGGCGAGAAUCUGUCUCCGCACCACGUGCUCUCAACACUGGUGUCCCCCAGGGCUCAGUUCUAGGCCCUCUCCUAUUCUCUCUAUACACCAAGUCACUUGGCUCUGUCAUAUCCUCACAUGGUCUCUCCUAUCAUUGCUAUGCAGAUGACACAUAAUUAAUCUGCUCCUUUCCCCCUUCUGAUAACCAGGUGGCGAAUCGCAUCUCUGCAUGUCUGGCAGACAUAUCAGUGUGGAUGUCGGAUCACCACCUCAAGCUGAACCUCGGCAAGACGGAGCUGCUCUUCCUCCCGGGGAAGGACUGCCCGCUCCAUGAUCUCGCCAUCACGGUUGACAACUCCGUUGUGUCCUCCUCCCAGAGUGCAAAGAACCUUGGCGUGACCCUGGACAACACCCUGUCGUUCUCCGCUAACAUCAAAGCGUUGACCCGAUCCUGUAGGUUCAUGCUCUACAACAUUCGGAGAGUACGACCCUACCUUACACAGGAAGCGGCACAGGUCCUAAUCCAGGCACUUGUCAUCUCCCGUCUGGAUUACUGCAACUCGCUGUUGGCUGGGCUCCCUGCCUGUGCCAUUAAACCUCUACAACUCAUCCAGAAUGCUGCAGCCCGUCUGGUGUUCAACCUUCACAAGUUCUCUCACGUCACCCCGCUCCUCCGCUCACUCCACUGGCUUCCAGUUGAAGCUUGCAUCUGCUACAAGACCAUGGUGCUUGCCUACGGAGCUGUGAGGUGAACGGCACCUCCUUACCUUCAGGCUCUGAUCAGUCCCUACACCCAAUCGAGGGCAUUGCGUUCUUCCACCUCUGGCCUGCUGGUCCCCCUACCUCUGCGGAAGCACAGUUCCCGCUCAGCCCAGUCAAAACUGUUCGCUGCUCUGGCACCCCAAUGGUGGAACAAGCUCCCUCACGACGCCAGGACAGUGGAGUCACUGACCACCUUCCGGAGACACUUGAAACCCUACCUCUUUAAGGAAUACCUGGGAUAGUAUAAAAGUAAUCCUUCUACCCCCCCCCCCCACCCCACCCCUACAAAAAAAUAUAUAAAAAAAUAAUAAUAAUAAUAAUUAAAACAAUUAAUAAUAAUAAUGUGUAAAAAAUAACACAUAUAAAAAUAAAUAAACAAAAAACAACAAACAAAGAAAAAAUAUAUAUAAAACAAAUGAAAUUUUAAAAUAUACUCAAAAAUUAAACAUUUUGAAAAAAAUAACAUUGUAAAGUGGUUGUCCCAUUGGCUAUCAUAAGGUGAAUGCACUCAUUUGUAAGUCGCUCUGGAUAAGAGCGUCUGCUAAAUGACGUAAAUGUAAUGUAAAUGUAACUAAGUCCAGCUUCCCAAACUUUUCCAGAGAAUCAGCAGCAAUUUAAAGUCCACUCCCAGCCAGAAUGUGAUGAUGAAGGAAUUUAGUAACUUGGACUAAACAGGACAUAAAGAAGCCUUUACUUUGUGUCCUAUUUGGUCCAAAUCCAAGAAAAGACAGCACAUCUAGUUGUAGUUCCUAUUCUCCCCAUCUCAUGAUAUUGUGUUUGAUACACAUGUAGGAUCCUCACUUGAGCCAGUUUGCUACAGCAGGAAAAUAAUCCUGCAGCAAUAGGAAAUGUGAAUUAUUAUGUGGAUUAUAUUUCAUGUACAUUUUUGUAGGGGUUGAUAAAUUUUUCAUAAGGGAAAAUCAAGUCUGAAAUUUCAAAGUGGAAAUUACAAACUUCAGAAGCCUUUUUUAUAUCUCAAAUACACUACAGGUUUUACAUUUGAAGGAAAGUUCUCCUGCAACAGGGUGAUCAUAUUAAGAUCCUACAUCUGUACUCAUUAUGUAUUGAAAAAUCUUCCCAUUUGUCGUCCCCUGCCAUCCUAUUGACAGCUGGCAGUAUAGCUGCCAUUCUCCUGCCAGUGUUUGUCUAUGGAGAUUGCAUGGCCGUGUGCUCAAUUUUAUUAACCUCUCAGCAACAGGUGUGGCUGAAAUAGCCGAAUCCACUCAUUUGAAGGCGUGUCCACAUACCUUUGUUUAUAAUGUAUAGUGUAUCUGAAUGCAGAAAAGACAGGGCUCCUCUGCCUGCCUUCCUGGCUCCCUCAGGGUGGGAGUGAUAUGGGAGCAGUGAGCCACAGCACCGUGAAAGGACACUGCGUCUCUCAGGUGGCGCCGGACAAGGAGAGGCUACAAAGGACAGGAGUUGAGAACAGGAUAAAAUCCGGAGCUGUGUCUGGAGCUGUUCUGUUCACAGUUGAAUGGUUACAAGCUUCAGAGAGUUUCGGCAGCUAUUGUACUGUUCAUGUCCAGCACAACUAAGUCCAGCUUCCCAAACUUUUCCAGAGAAUCAGCAGCAAUUUAAAGUCCACUCCCAGCCAGAAUGUGAUGAUGAAGGAAUUUAGUAACUUGGACUAAACAGGACAUAAAGAAGCCUUUACUUUGUGUCCUAUUUGGUCCAAAUCCAAGAAAAGACAGCACAUCUAGUUGUAGUUCCCAUUCUCCCCAUCUCAUGAUAUUGUGUUUGAUACACAUGUAGGAUCCUCACUUGAGCCAGUUUGCUACAGCAGGAAAAUAAUCCUGCAGCAAUAGGAAAUGUGAAUUAUUAUGUGGAUUAUAUUUCAUGUACAUUUGUGUAGGGGUUGAUACAUUUUUCAUAAGGGAAAAUCAAGUCUGAAAUUUCAAAGUGGAAAUUACAAACUUCAGAAGCCUUUUUUAUAUCUCAAAUACACUACAGGUUUUACAUUUGAAGGAAAGUUCUCCUGCAACAGGGUGAUCAUAUUAAGAUCCUACAUCUGUACUCAUUAUGAAUUGAAAAAUCUUCCCAUUUGUUGUCCCCUGCCAUCCUAUUGACAGCUGGCAGUAUAGCUGCUUGAUGUAUACUGUACUUGAUCAAUCGCGAACUGCCUUAUCUCGGAGUCUGCUCAUCAACUUUAGCUCUGUACUGUAGCUUCCAUUAGCUCCAGAAAAUUACUAUCUGGACUCAGAGCCUUUGAGCCUGGUAUCAAUCAUUAUCUGGACUCAGAGACUUUGAGCCUGGCUUCAAUCACUCUCUGGACUCAGAGCCUUUGAGUCUGGUAUAAAUCUCCAGACCAUCCCAGAGACAGUUGGAAUCGGCUUAUGCUGCAGGGCUUCUUGAUCACACACAUACACACGCGUGUGGUGUACAGCUCCCCACAACUCACCCCAAUAAAGCCCCAGCUGCGUGAGAGAUCUCUAUCAACCUGAGGACAGAGUUCUACAGUAUUUAUGACUCCUAAAACCUUCUUUCAUUCCACUGAGCUGGGUGGUGGUGGAUCUGUGAGCUGGGUGGUGGUGGAUCUGUGAGCUGGGUGGUGGUGGAUCUGUGAGCUGGGUGGUGGUGGAUCUGUGAGCUGGGUGGUGGUGGAUCUGUGAGCUGGGUGGUAGUGGAUCUGUGAGCUGGGUGGUGGUGGAUCUGUGAGCUGGGUGGUGGUGGAUCUGUGAGCUGGGUGGUGGUGGAUCUGUGAGCUGGGUGGUGGUGGAUCUGUGAGCUGGGUGGUGGUGGAUCUGUGAGCUGGGUGGUGGUGGAUCUGUGAGCUGGGUGGUGGUGGAUCUGUGAGCUGGGUGGUAGUGGAUCUGUGAGCUGGGUGGUGGUGGUGGUGGUUGUGGAUCUGUGAGCUGGGUGGUGGUGGUUGUGGAUUUGUGAGCUGGGUGGUGGUGGAUCUGUGCGCUGGGUGCUGAUUGUGGAUCCGUGAGCUGGGUGAUGGUGUUGGUAGUGGUAGUGGUGAUGGUGUGAGCUGGGUGGUGGUGUUGGUAGUGGUAGUGGAUCCGUGAGCUGGGUGAUGGUGUUGGUAGUGGUAGUGGUGAUGGUGUGAGCUGGGUGGUGGUGUUGGUAGUGGUAGUGGAUCCGUGAGCUGGGUGAUGGUGUUGGUAGUGGUAGUGGUGAUGGUGUGAGCUGGGUGGUGGUGUUGGUAGUGGUAGUGGUGAUGGUGUGAGCUGGGUGAUGGUGUUGGUAGUGGUAGUGGUGAUGGUGUGAGCUCUAGCUUCUUUACGUCUGAUCCUGGAGGCUGAGAAAGGCCACACAUUCAUGGAAAAUUGGUAUUUGUUUCAUUAGUACAUUGUUGACAUAGUUCCAAAAUGUUUUGCUUGUCAGCAAUCAAGUUUUCAUUUUGCAUCAUAUGAUGCUGCGUUUUGCGUCAUAUGAUGCAAUAUGCAUCAUACGGGUAUGUUUUCUGUUUUUUGAAAGUUACAUAUCUUGAAAACUUGAUUGCUAACAAGCAAAACAUUUUGGGACUAUGUCAACAAUGGACUAAUGAAACAAAUACCAAAAUAUAGUUUUUGGGUGGAGUUUUCCUUUAAUGAUGAUGAAUAAUGGGAGAGGUCAUUCCUCUAUACCUCCUACCUACCACACAAGUGUAUUACUACUGUGAUGACAAACAAGAUACACAGUUCCUGCCCCACUAUCUGUGCAUUAGAGAUUUAGACGAUGAGUAUAACACCCAGGAAGCUCCGAUUCAAACUUCCAAUAGACAGCUCUGCAAGCUUUAUAAUGUCAAAAUAUGUUUGUUACUCACCAAAUAUGGAGUUUCGAUGAGCAACUAUCUUCAUUUACUCCCGUUACGGCCGGUAUGUACUACCAAAAAAGGUCUAAAUACAAAUUUACAAGCAAACAAAAACAUGCCUAUUCUGCAUCUCCAAGGUUUGAGCUGUUGUAGACCUCCCACCUGUGUGUGGCAGUAAUGAGUGAUUUACAUUGGAGGUGCCGAAUUCCCAUUCUUUCGGUUCCUUUUCUUUUUUAUUUCCUUUUUAAUCCAAACUCCUCUUUUUUUCCUCCCUCCUUCCCUUCUAUCUUCUUUCCUCUUUUUCCCUUUUUCCCUCUCCCUCCCCCUUUCCCUUUCUUCUCUUUCUCCCCUUUUUGGGGGCUCUCUUUUCACUUCUUCUUUUUCUCUCCCUCCUCCCCCCCUCCCCCCCUUUUUGCCCUCCCCCUUACUCCCCUACCAAACCCCCUCUUUCCUCUUUCUUUUCCUAUCCCCCCCUUUUUUUCUUCCUUUUUCCCCCCUCUUUUUUUGGGGGGUUUCUUUCUUUUGGUCUUUUUUCUUUUUUCCCAUUCCCCCUUUUCUUCUCCUUUUUUUUUUUCUUGCCCCUUUCUAAUUUGUUCCCCCCCCUUUUUUUUUCCCCUCCCUUUUCUUUCUUUUUUCUUCUUCCCUCCCCCCUGUUUUUUCCCCUUAAAAUCCCUCCCCCCUCUUCCCCUUUCUCCCUUGACUCUUUCCCAAAUUUCCCCCCCCCCGCUCACCCCCCACCCCCCCCCCCCCCCCCCCCCCCCCCCCCCCCCCACCCCCCCCCCCCCCUCUUCUUUUCCCUCUUCCCCCUCUCCCCCCUCUCCUCCCCUCUCUUUCCUCCCCUUUCCUCUCCUCCCUCCCCCCUCCCCCUCCCCUCCCCUCUCCUCCUCUCCUCCCCCCCCUCCCCCUCUCCCCCCCCCUCUCCUCCUCUCCCCCCUCCCCCCCCCCCUUUUCCUCCCUUCCUCCCCCCCCUCCUCCCUCUCCCCCCCCUCCUCCUCCCCUCCCUCUCCCCCCUCUCCUCCCUCUCCCCCUCCCCCCUCCUCCUCUCUUUUCCUCUCCCCCCUCUCCUCCCUUUCCCCCCCUCUCCUCCUCUCCCCCCUUUCUCCUCCCCCCUUUCCUCUCCUCCACCCCCUUCCCCUCCCUUUCCCCCUCCCCCCCCUCCCUCCCCCCUCUCCCCCCCUCUCCUCCCCUCCUCCCUCUCCUCCUCUCCCCCCUCCCCCCCCUCUCCCCCCCCCCUCCUCCCCUCCCCUCCUUCCUCCCUCCCCCCUCCCUCUCCCUCCCCCCCCCCCUCCCCCCCCCUCCUCCCCCUCUCCUCUUCUCCCCCCUCUCCUCCUCUUCCUCCCCCCCUUUCCUCCCUCUCCCCCCCCCUCUCCCCCCCCUCCCCCUCCUCUCCUCCCCCUUCCUCCCUACCCCCUCUCUCCCCCCUCCUCCUCCCCCCCCCUCUCCCCUCUUUUUCCCCCCCCUCCCCCUCUCCUCUUCCUCCCCCCACCCCCUCUUCCCCCUCCUCCCCCUCCCCCCCCUCUCCCCCCUCUCCUCCCUCCCCCUCUCCUCCCUCUCCUCCCUCUCCCCCUCUCCCCCCUCCCCCCCUCCCCCCCCUCUCCCCCCCUCUCCUCCUCCCCCCCUCACCUCCCCUCUUCCCUUCUUCCUCUCCCCCUCUCCCCCUCUCCUCCCCUUUUUCCCCCCCUCCUUUUUCCCCCUUUCCCUCCCCCCUCUCCUCCCCUCCCCCCUCCCCUUUCCUCCCUCUCCCCCUUCCCCCUCCCUCUUCCUUCCCUCUCCCCCUUCCUCCCCCCCCCCCCCUCCCCCUCCCCCUUCCUCUCCUCCCUCUCCUCCCUCCCCCCCCUCCCCCCCCUCUCCCCCUCUCCCCUCUCCCCCUCCCUCCCUCCCCCUCUCCCCCUCUCCCCCUCUCCUCCCUCCCCCUCCUCUCCUCCCCCCCCCUCCCCUCCCCUCCCCUCCCCUCCCCUCCCCCCUCUCCUCCUCUCCCCCCCCCCCUCCCCCUCUCCUCCCUCUCCUCCUCUCCUCCCUACCCCCUCCCUCCCCUCUCCCCCUCUCCUCCCUCUCCCCCUCUCCUCCCUCUCCUCCUCUCCUCCCUCUCCUUUCCUCCUCCUCCCUCUCCCCCUUUCCCUCCCCUCCUCCCUCUCCUCCCCCUCUCCUCCCCUUUUUCCCUCUCCCCCCUCUUCUCCUCUCCCCCCCCUCCCCCUCCCUCCCCUCCCCCACUCCUCCCCCUCCUCCUCCCCUCCCCCCCCUCCCCCUCUCCCCUCUCCCCCCCUCCCCCCCUUUCCCCCCCUCCCUCUCCCCCCCCCUCCCCCUCUCCUCCCCCUUUUUCCCCUCCCUCCCCCUCCCCUUUCCCCCUUCGUCCCUCCUCCUCCCCUACCCCCCUUCCCCUUUCCCCCUCCCCCUCCUCCCCUCCCUCCUCCUCCUCUCCUCCCCUCCCCCCCCCAAACCCUUCUCCCCCCCCCUCUCCUCCUCCCCCCUCUCCUCCCCCCCUCUCCUCCCUCCCCUCCUCCUCCUCUCUCCUCUCCUCUCCCCUCUCCUCCCCUAUUCCUCUCAACCCCCUCUCCCUCCACCACCCCUCUGUUGCUUUGCCUGUUCCUGUUAAAGAGAUGUUGACCUUUAAAGAGCACUGGCCUUUACACAUGUUAAUCACAAAACCUGUCUUUUCUGUAAAUCUCCCUGCUGACAUGUGUAUGUCUUUGUGAGUCAGUGUUAAUGUGUGUGUGCGUGUGUGUGUGUUCAUGACUCAUUAUUCCAGUGCUGCAAUCCACAACUUUAAUUUUAAUGCCUUCCUUUUUGAUGCAGUAAUCAUCGGAACUAGACAGGAACAUGUAGAUAACCAAAGAAAAUCAAAAGUGCAGAACUUAUUUUUGAGACUCCCUCUCAAUGAUGCCCUUUACAAAUACCAGUUAUAUAGAACACCAGACAAAAGCUCCAGAAACCCCUUCAAAAAGUAGUACCUGUAAAAUUCCUAACAAAGAGAAUCAGUGCAUUCCUGCCUAACAUAUCAAAAUCGCCCUCUUUGGCCUCAGGGGUGGAAUGCUAUUAAUAUUUUUCAUAAUUUCUUAAUUAAUAAAGAUUAUUUUUAAAAACCCGAUGAAAAUCCAGUGUUUCUACAGUAUGUCAAACAGUUUUGUUAUAUUUCAGUCUUCUGUGAUGUAUAUAAAGUGUAAUAUUGGGAUGCAAACUCAAAACUGAAUCCAUUUCAACUCUAUAUCUGACAUGGUACCGGUGUCUUCUUUUUUAAGCCCAUAACCAUGUGUGUGUCACGUCUCCUCCCGUUGCUCCCCUCCGGCGCUCUGAUUCGCCGGUCUACUGAGCCACCGAUCUGAGCGCACCACCUCGGCAACACUGGAAUCGAAACCCAACGCACCCUAAUCACCUCCAGCGCACCUGCACCUCAUAAUCUCAUCACCACCCCUAUAUAGCCCUGGAAUGUUCAGUGUUGUGUUGUGUGUGAUUGUUAGUGUCAUGUUGUGUACUCGCGCGUUGUUGUGCUCUUGCUCAGUGUUAAGUAAACCGUUACAUUGUUGAUUCCUUCCUCUUCGUAUCUUCAGUACUCGUCAUAGUGUGUGAGGUCUAUAAGUAGAUUUGUUUAAGACUACCAAGAAUCGCUCUGUGACCCUGAUUUAGCUCACUGCAGUAAAAGGUUAACCACAUAACCUAUUUUAUUUUUACCUUUAUUUAACUAGGCAAGUCAGUUAAGAACAAAUUCUUAUUUACAAUGACAGCCUACACCGGCCAAACCCGGACGAUGCUGGGCCAAUUGUGUGCCGCCCUAUGGUACUCCCAAUCACGGCCGGUUGUGAUACAGCCUGGAAUCGAAUCAGGGGGUCUGUAGUGACGCCUCAAGCGCUGAGAUACUGUGCCUUAGACCACAUAACCUAUAGGCCUAGACAGAGGCUAGCUAGAUCAAUGCUCAACCGAACCACGGCUAACCUUAUUGGACGUCAUCCUCUGGAUGUCAUUAACACACGUAGCCCAUUGGCUGUGCUGCUGCUGUAAUUCCUCCUCACUGACAGACCAUUUUCAAAAGGAUCCCAGUCCUCAUUAAUCCAAGAGCACCACUAGAUAGACAAGACCAAUCAGAGCCUUGAGAUAAGCUGACGGGAAGCAAUGAAUAUCAUCAUCUUGUGAGAGGCAACUGUGUUGUCCAUCUUGGAUCUAAGUGGAAAGCUGCAGUUUUUGUUUCAAGUUUCAAGUUUUAGUAUCACGUGCACAAGCAAUGGUGUAAAGUACUUAAGUAAAAAUACUUUAAAGUACUACUUAAGUCGUUUUUGGGGUAUCUGUACUUUAGUAUUUAUAUUGUUGACAACUUUUACUCCACUACAUUCCAAAAUAAAAUAAUGUACUUUAAACUCCAUACAUUUUCCCUGACACCCAAAAGUACUUGUUACAUUUUGAAUGCUUAGCAGGACAGGAAAAUGGUCAAGUUCACGCACUUAUCAAGAGAACAUCCCUGGUCAUCCCUACUGCCUCUGAUCUGGCGGACACACUAAACACAAAUGCUUUGUUAUGACUGAGUGUUGGAGAGUGCCCCUGGCUAUCCAUCUAGUUUGCUUAAUAUAAGUAAUUUGAAAUGAUUUAUACUUUUACUUUUGAUACUUAAGAAUAUUUUUGCAAUUACAUUUACUUUUGAUACUUAAGUAUAUUUAAAACCAAAUACUUUUAGACUUUUACUCAAGUAGUAUUUUACUGGGUGACUUUCACCUCCUCCUCCAUGCUUUACGGUGGGAACCACACAUGCGGAGAUCAUCCGUUCACCCACACUGCGUCUCACAAAGACACGGCGGUUGGAACCAAAAAUCUCAAUUUUGGACUCCAGACCAAAGGACACAUUUCCACUGGUCUAAUGUCCAUUGCUCGUGUUUCUUGGCCCAAGCAAGUCUCUUCUUCUAUUGGUGUCCUUUAGGAGUGGUUUCUUUGCAGCAAUUCAACCAUGAAGGCCGGAUUCACACUGUCUCCUCUGAACAGUUGAUGUUGAGAUGUGUCUGUUACUUGAACUCUGUGAAGCAUUUAUUUGGGCUGCAAUUUUUGAGGCUGGUAACUCUAAUGAACUUAUCCUCUGCAGCAGAAGUAACUCUGGGUCUUCCAUUCCUGUAGCGGUCCUCAUGAGAGCCAGUUUUAUCAUAGCGCUUGAUUGUUCAAAGUUCUUGAAAUGUUCCGUUUUGACUGACCUGCAUGUCUUAAAGUAAUGAUGGACUGUCGUUUCUCUUUGCUUAAUUGAGCUGUUCUUGCCAUAAUAUGGACUUGGUCUUUUACCAAAUAGGGCUAUCUUCUGUAUACCACCCCUACCUUGUCACAACACAACUGAUUGGCUCAAACGCAUUAAGAAGGAAAGAAAAUCCACAAAUUAACUUUUAAGAAGGCACACCUGUUAAUUGAAAUGCAUUCCAGGUGACUACCUCAUGAAGCUGGUUGAGAGAAUGCCAAGAGUGUGCAAAGCUGUCAUCAAGGCAAAGGGUGGCUAUUUGAAGAAUCUCAAAUAUAAAAUAUAUUUUGAAUUGUUUAACACUUUUUUGGUUACUACAUGAUUCAAUAUGUGUUAUUUCAUAGUUUUGAUGUCUUCACUAUUAUUCUACAAUGUAGAAAAUAGUAAAAAUAAAGAAAAACCCAUGAAUGAGUAGGUGUUCUAAAACUUUUGACCGGUAGUGUAUAUAAUUGCAGUGGUAUUUAUCAUUAAUUUAAAUGAUCAUAAAUAUAACAGAGUGGGCCUUUAACAAGGAUUUGUCCACCGAAGUUUACUAUCCCCUCUGAGGUUCCAGUGAGAACCAGGGCACUUUCAUUUUAUUUUUUAUUUAACCAGGCAAGUCAGUUAAGAACAAAUUCUUAUUUACAAUGACGGCCUACACCGGCCAAACCCGGACGACACUGGGCCAAUUGUGCGCCGCCCUAUGGGACUCCCAAUCACAGCCGGUUGUGAUACAGCCUGGAACCAGGGGGUCUGUAGUGACGCCUCAAGCACUGAUAUGCAGUGCCUUAGACCUUGAUCUUGAUCCGUUAUUCCACCACCUAAGGAAACAGAGAAAGUUUAGGGAGUCCUGUCUGAAUGUGUCACUGGGAGAAAAGAUGAAUGAGUUUUAAACUGUGGUGAGGACUUUCUGUGUAAUUAACACUUAAACUGCCGGGCCUCACUACCCCCCUUAUUGCGCCAAUGAGCAGCCAUUUUGAUUGAAACAUUCUAACAGUAAUAAAUAAAUGUAACAAUGCUAUUGGAAAAAUUAUCAUUUGGUUGUGUUUAUGAAGGUCUUGGGUAACAUAACAAUACAAAAAACUAUGUAUUUCAAGAACACAACAGCAUUUUCAUUAGUUUAUGUUACUGUAGGUGAUCUGCUGCUGCGUGCUCACGUGUGGAGCGCAAACGAACAGUGGUUACUCUUGGAAAAAGGUAUAUUUUCGAAAUGGAGCUCAUCUCUUUAAUUUUGAGAGUUAUUUGACAACGGUAAGUGUGUUGGAAACCUCUGAAUCUGCUCUUUCUGAUUUACAUUUGAGUCAUUUAGCAGACGCUCUUAUCCAGAGCGAUUUACAGGAGCAAUUAGGGUUAAGUGCCUUCCUUAAAGGCACAUCGACAGAUUUUUCACCUAGUCGGCUCGGGGAUUAGAACCAGCGACCUUGCGGUUACUGGCACAACGCUCUUACCCACUAAGCUACCUGCCGCCCCCUAUAUACACUAUAUACACUGAACAAAAAUAUAAAUGCAACAUGUAAAGUGUUGGUCCCAUGUUUCAUGAGCUGAAAUAAAAGAUCCCAAAAAUGUUCCAUACGCACAAAAAGCUUAUUUCUCCUAUGUCAAGAUAAUCCAUUCACCUGACAGGUGUGGCAUAUCAAGAAGCUGAUUAAAAGGCAUGAUCAUUACACAGGUGCACCUUGUGCUGGGGACAAUAAAAGGCCACUCUAAAAUGUGCAGUUUUGACACACAACACAAUGCCACAGACAAUGCUGAGUGAGCGUGCAAUUGGCAGGCUGACUGCAGGAAUGUCCACCAGAGCUGUUGCCAGAGAAUGUAAUGUUAAUUUUUCUAUCGUAAGCUGCCUCCAACAUUGUUUUAGAGAAUUUGGCAGUACGUCCAACCGGCCUCACACCCGCAGACCACGUGUAUGGCUACGGACAAUGAACACAAUUGCAUUUUAUUGAUGGCAAUUUGAAUGCACAGAGAUACCGUGAUGAGAUCCUGAGGCCCAUUGUCGUGCCAUUCAUCCACUGCCAUAACCUCAUGUUUCAGCAUGAUAAUGCACGGCCCCAUGUCGCAAGGAUCUGUACCCAAUUCCUGGAAGCUGAAAAUGUCCCAGUUAUUCCAUGGCCUGCAUACUCACCAGCCAUGUCACCCAUUGAGCAUGUUUGGGAUGCUUUGGAUCGACGUGGACGACAGCGUGUUCCAGUUCCUGCCAUUAUCCAUCAACUUCGCACAGCCAUUGAAGAGGAGUGGGACAACAUUCAACAGGCCACAAUCAACACCCUGAUCAACUCUAUGCGAAGGAGAUGUUGCGCGCUGCAUGAGGCAAAUUGUGGUCACACCAGAUAGUGACUGGUUUUCUGAUCCAUACCCCUACCAUUUUUUAAGGUAUCUGUGACCAACAGAUGCAUAUCUGUAUUCCCAGUCAUGUGAAAUCCAUAGUAGGGCCUAAUUAAUUUAUUUCAAUUCAUUGAUUUCAUUAUAUGAACUGUAACUCUAAAAUCUGUAAAAUUGUUGCAUGUUGUGUUUAUAUUUUUGUUCAGUAUAGAAAUAAAAAUGUCUUACCUGCAUUUGACUCCUGUGGAAAAAAUGACUUCUCCUCUUAAAACUGCUUAAAAUACAAAUUCUUGCAUUCUAACAACAUACAUGUGUUGAAGAGACUUAUUUAGGAAAAGUUGAGGACGGAGGGAGGCGUGACUUAAACGUUUGAAUUUUUAAUUCAUAUACAGUCAAAAUGACUGCCUCUGCUUUUCUAGUGUUAAUGGAGCUAUGAGAAUGCUGGUGCUCUGAUCAAACCUUCUGUAUUACAUUAGUUAGAAGAAACAACUGUAUUAACAUUUAAAAGAGUCAGCAAUUGCCAAUCCAUCUUAAAGGGACACUACAGUAAAACAAUUUUGUUUGUCAGUGUCACGGUUUCGGCCGAGACUGCUCCUCCUCCUGGUUCGGGCAGGCAAAGGCGUUCGCCGUCCCCGGAGUACUAGCUGCCAUCGUUGGAUGAUUCCAUGUGUGAUUGCUUUUGUCUGUCCUUAGCACCUGUGUCUGAUUUGUGAUGAUUACGUGUCCUAUAAGUUCCCUGUGUUUGUAUGGAUUAGUUGUGUGUUGUUAUUUCUCCUGUCGUUUGUGUUUUCGUGUCGGGUUUUGUGUUCUGUGUAUUUUACGCAUGUUUUGCGUAAUUGCGCAUUAUUUCCGCCUCCUUUGUUUAGAGGCCGUUCCUUGUUUUAGGGAUCUGUCUUUAUUAAACUUUUGGACUUAGCUUCGGUGUCCUGCGCCUGACUUCACCCCACAUCCACCUCACAAGAUGACAGUCAGAUGUUUUCAAACCUCAAAAGCGGUUUUAUGUUGAGAGAAGUCCACGUCCCAGGCCAUCUGUUUUGUAGAUCCAGCAAUAUUUCACAACAGCAAAUGAAUGGAAAAGCACCAUAUGAUUUCCUCCCUGUCUUCAAAGUCAAACGGGCUCCUUUGUUACACAGGCUCUGAAUAUUGGUAUUUUUCAGAAUUUUCUUCAUCUGAUCUAAAAACAUAACCUACUAUUUUUUUUUAGGUUAGUGUCAUUGAGAUAAAAAUCUAUUUUUCAAGAGAGACCUGGUCCAACUAAGACAUCAGCAUGGGGGGAACAAUGUUUAAGACAAAGAUCAGACAUACUGUAACAAAUUACAGACAUAGACACACCCCAAAAAAUUAUAAUUGAUGUAGACACACAUACAUUUCAAUUACAGAAACAUAUAAGCGUCAUAGAUUUUUUUAAAAUCUAUCAUAUGUACCACCGCAUCAAGUCCUAAUGACAAUCAAAUUCUUCAGCAACAUGCGAGUCAACCAAACUUUUAAACUCCUCCAAGGAAACAAGAUCCUGGAGUUUCAAGCUGGUCUGGAGAGAAUUCCAAGACCACGGAGCAGAGUAGCUAAAACACUUUUUGCCAUGAUCCGUUCUGAUUUUAGGAACUGUUAAAAGUAAGUAGGAGUGAGACCGUAACUGGUAUUUAACAGAGAUCAUUUUCCCAUAAUGGCCUUAUAUAUCAUAAUAUACCAGUGUUUAAGCCUACGUAGAGGCAACAAAGACCAGCCAACAGCACUCACAGUGGUGUCUCAUGAUUCCCCUCGGCCCAUCAAAUGCCUCAACUCCGACAUUUCCCCUGAGGUGGAGGCCUACUGUAUCUAUCCAUCAUAAAGGAAGGGCUCUGUGCUCCUAGUCUCACAAGUCAGACCAUUGUUUCUGAAAUAUUACAUGUACCAGAACUGCAAGACUGGAAAUCGAGGCUACUGUCCGCCUUGGGUGCUGUGUAUGAGUAUUCUAGGAGGUAGCUAGCUAGACAGAAAUAAUGAGAGAAGCUAAAUGGAUGGCGUUGUUCUCAAAGCAAUUACGAUGCUGGUUUCCUGGGUAGAGUCUAAGCAGCAUGAUAGUGAUCAGUUGCUGUGUGGCUGGUAACUGACUGGGUUGGAGCUGUACUCGUAACUGUAUGUUGUGCUGUGAGCUCUGUGGUCUAUUUAUUGUAGCUCAGCUAAUCUAAUCUACUCCACAUUAGAGUUAUAUGAAGGCUGAACCUGCCAACGUCCCACUACCAUGCUAACUCUGGGGCCGUGUCCCAAAUGGCACCCUAUUCCCUACACAGAGCCCUGUGAGACCUGGCCAAAGGUAGUGCACUAUAUAGGGAAUAGGGUGCCAUUUGGGACGCACAGUUUGAGUGGAAUAGGAAUAUUUUCUUGUUAUGAAUGAUGGAUGAGACAGACGGUCAAAUUAGUCAAGUUCCUACUGCAUACUGUAGGUAGGUGUGCUCAUAUUGAAAUCACAAUAGGUUGGUGGCACCUUAAUUAGGGAGAACGGGCUCGUUCUAAUGACUGGAGCGUAAUGGGUGGAAUGGUAUCAAAUACAUCAAACACAUAGCUUCUAGGUGUUUGAUGCCAUUCCAUUUGCUCCGUUCCGGCCAUUAUUAUGAGCCGUUCUCCCCCCAUCAGCCUCCUGUGAUUGAAAUUGGUUCAUAAUGUAACACAUCUAAAACGAACAUGUGGAAAUGCAUCGAUCCGCACAAUUCUUAUUAAUUUUUGUUUAAUUUCAAGACUUCAAUCAGGUAACUUCCAUAAUGAUGAAUCUAUGUAAUAAGAUUUGAUUCAAUAAUCUGAUGUUAGGUUCUAAUCUAUUAUAGUCCCGUGUAGCUCAGUUGGUAGAGCAUGGUGCUUGCAACGCCAGGGUUGUGGUUUCGAUUUCCAUGGGGGAAGUCGCUCUGGAUAAGAGCGUCUGUUAAAUGAUGAAAAUGUAAUCAGGUACAGGCGGAGACUGUCAAAGCUAAAACCAGAUUUAUUACCCCAACUGGAUGCUUCAGCUGAAUUGCAAAGUCACAUAAAGGCAAGUGGGCUGAAUGGCUCUGUUUCUCCUGCUUGAGUUACACUUCCUUUUCCUCAUAUGCAAAGUCUGAUAAAGGAAAGUGGGCCAGUAGAGUGGGCCGGAAGCGCUGUAUGGCUCUGUUUAUUUCUCUACAUCCUGUUAUUUUUACUUCGACGUUGACUGCAAUCUUGCCGUUUCGUACAGAAACUAGAACUUGCUGAACAGUAACUCAACCGUGACUUUGUCCUAACCCAGACAGAUGCCUUCUAUCCACUUGUGCAACACAUGUUUAUACAACCCUUGCAGACAUACUUGCCCAACAGAGACAAACUCCUUCUUCACUGUCCCAUUCGUCUAUAUGUAACACACAUAAGUUCAACCCAUAACAAGAUGACUACUACUGAUAAACUAGUAGUACAGGGGAAAGGACUCAGGUCACACGGUUGCCAACAGUGUUGUUUGAGAAUCCUUGGUUUCUCCUCUUAAGGAUUCUCAGUUUCAACCUUUUCCUCAGAAUUAAGUUGAUAAGUCAUUGCUAUAUCCACGUAGAAUCAUUGAGCUGACAGAAGCUCUGGGCACAGACUGUCAAAGACAAUUUAGUCCCUGAUGCUCCAGGCCACAAGUAGGAUACAUGAAUAGAGUUGAACGUCAUUGCUUGGGCAAUGUCUGCAUUUGCUGCCCUGAUAUUCCUUAAUGUAAUAUAAAAACAAUUCCAUUAUGUCAAAUCCAAAUAUCAGACAAACAUAGUCAGUUCAGGUAAAGAAAGCAACACAGCCUCAGAAAGCCGCAGAGAUCAGAGACAAAGAACAACCUACCAGUAAAAAACUGUUGCGCUUCAUUAGAAGUGACAGGCAUGAAGACCUACCGACAGGGAAAAUACUGGAACUAAACCAACAUGAAUUACACGUCUGCCAUCAUUUUCUUGUAUUGCAUUGUACUGCAUUAAGUAGGAAUUAGUAAGAAGAGUGAUUUGUCUUGCCAUGGGGAGUGUGUUCCAUAUCUGCAGACAUAAAGAAGAAAGAAGAUAUAAACAUUAUGUCCUCCCGAGUUAUUUUUGUAGCGCGGCAGGAGAUUGUGUAGGCUAUAAUCAGGUGGCUGGGCGUGUAAUUAUUUAUUGUCUACAUGUAGGAUGUCUGGCUAGCACAAAGGAACGAUACAUCCACACUAUUGCUAGGAAAAAGGCUAUAGUUAGAAAUUAAAAUUCACAUCCUGUGAUGCAUGUUACCAUAAUAGGAGUACCCGGAUCACUCAUCCGGACACAUCGGGAAGGAGAAGACAACCUCAGGCAUUUCAUUAUCUUUUUUUAUUUGUUUUGGUUUAUUCAUUAUCUUUUUUUACUCGAUAUACAAACGUAUACAUACGAACAACAAUUUACAGACGCACACAAACAAUGACUUAUUCUCAUCUGCCCAGACCCGCAUGCUCACCCCCCCAUCCCUAGUACCUGCAUUAGUGUUUGCCACUUGGCCUUAAAUUGUAUCCAUUUGUUUUUCUCUGUCGCCCAUGCUUUUUAAAUAUUUAAAUCAUAAAUCAUAAAAAAAAUUCCAUUGUGUUAAUGAUGGCGGAUUCAUUGAUUUCCACUUUUUUAGUAUACGUUUUUUCAAGAUGAGUGAUUUACAUUUUACAUUGUAGUCAUUUAGCAGACGCUCUUAUCCAGAGCGACUUACAGUUAGUGAAUACAUUUUCAUACUGUGAUGAAGAGAAUCGUCCAGCCCAUUGGGUAUCUCACUACACCCCCAUAUGACAUGUCUUGAAAUAUGCAGACAGACGGAUUAAAAGUACGUUUACAUUGUAAUACUUCUGACAGCCAACUUUCUAGCUCCGCCCCAAACUUCCUGACUUUUUUCUUCUUCAUUAUCUUCUGUCUUCAUUAUCUUCUGUCUUCAUUAUCUUCUGUGUCUUCACACACACUUCCCACAUCGUGCUCAGGGCCAUCUCCAUUUCCUCUAAGUUUCCCUUGGUAAUUAAUAUGUGUGCAAUCACAGAGAUUAUAGGAAGAAAUGUGUAAACAGUAGAGUGGGAUCAGGAGGCAGUGAGGCAGUGAAGUCGGUAAUCUCCCCUGUAUGUAUACAGUAUAUGAAUGUAUGCACAAGGCCCACAGGCCCCAGUCAAGCAGGAAGCCCAGAGUACAGCUCUGAAUGCCAAUGGGCCUCUGCAUUAAGCCUUAGAAUAAUUCAUGAGCGGGUCUCAGGGUUUUUACUAUUAGAGAUGGAUGCCGUUUUGCCUGGCCUUGUACUCUGUGCUGUAGCAGGUAUUGAUUGUGCUGUUGGAUUUUGGACAGUACAGUUUUCCUCUUGGCAGGGAGAUCUGAAUCUGAUGCCAUGGAUCUCACUCCUCCAUGUGUCCAUUGACCUCGAUGACAGAGAGGGAGGAUUGCAUUCAAUUUUAAACACUUGUACUUAUUUUGUUAAAGGCAUAGGUAGAUACUCAGCCAAAAUGUCCUCGGUGAAUAUGGUCUCAUAUUCUAUUGAAUGAUAAAGGAUUGUGUGAUUCCUGUAGAAGACCCUUUGGGCUUUGCUCGGCCCCAGAGAGUGCAGAUUCUGUUUGAAAACUUCAAACAUGCAUCCUUAUUUGCAAUGUGGUGGGUACCGUGCUUUCACUUGUCCAAUGCUGUUAGCUACAUAAUUUCAGGGCAAGGAAAGAAGGAAGCAUGCAUUUUUUAUGUUGUUUAAUGGCCACUGUAACCCCUGAUCUCACUGUACUAUACCGUCUUUGACCUAUUGACCUUCCCCCCCCAGCCUCUGAGGAUGCACUGUAACUGCUGUGCCCUGGUGUCCAGCUCGGGCCACCUUACCGGCAGCAACCGCGGGGAGGAGAUCGACCGCACCGAGUGCGUCAUCCGCAUGAACAAUGCCCCGAACGGAAACAAUUUCCAUCAGGAUGUGGGCCGGCGCACUAGCCUGCGCGUCAUCGCCCACUCCAGCGUGCAGAGGGUGCUGCAGAGCCAGCAGGAGCUGCUCAACGCCAACCAGGACUCGGUCUUCCUGUUCUGGGGACCCACCAGCUCCAUGCGGCGCGACGGCAAAGGCAGUGUCUUCAACAACCUGCGUCUGGUCAACCAGCUGCUUCCCAAGCUCAAGGUCUAUGUCAUCUCCCACCUCAAGAUGCUGGAGUUUGACGAGCUCUUCAAAAAUGAAACGGGAAAAGACAGGUAGGAUUUUGACGUUUUGACCCUUGGGUCAAUAAUAUCAUUGGGUUUUGACUUUGUGAAUCUGACUGUCCAAUUCUGGUCAAGGAUGACUUCUGAAGAAUACAGUCACUGUGUUUGAGGACUUGAAUCAAGAUUAGCCAGGGAAGCCGAAUGCAUUGUUUUCAGUGCUCUUGAGCAUACAUAUUCUAAUACACAAUUUAAAAGACAUACAUAUUCUAAAACACAUUUUAAUACACAAACAUAUUCUAAUACACAUACACAUUCUAAUUUAAAAGCUGCUGUCGAGCAUUUUUGACGCUCUUAACAAAAGACUAAGUAAGAAAUCCCAACAACCACCCGACCACUCACAGUAUCAUUAAUGGGAUUUAGUUCAAAGCACUCUGAAUAUAUGUUGAAGACUCAAGAGGAUGUAGUGUAGAGCAAGGGGAUACGAGAGUCCAAUUGAAGCUCACGAUGCAGCUAGAGAGACUAUCUGUAAGUACAAUAACACUGUCCCGAAUAAAAACCAUGGCUGAAUCACGUUGUGAAUGGUAGAGGUAGAAGAAGAAACAACAAUGACUGUUUUUACCUCGACACAACUGUGAACACAAUGUUGUGAAAAGUUAACAGCUACAGUGCAUUGCAAAAGUAUUCAUACCUUUGGAUUUCUUCACGUUUUAUUUUGUUACGAAUGGGAUUACAAUUGAUUUAAUUGUAACGUUUCGUUAAUAUUCUCCUCAAAAUACUCUGUAAUGUCAAAGUGGAAGAAAAAACUUAUUUUUAUUUUUAUUAAUAAUACAAAUUUGAUAUCUAAAAUAUAGUGGUUGUUUAGGCCAGCCUAAAUUAGUUCACGAGUAAAAUGUGGCUUAACAAAUCACAUAAUAAGUUGCAUGGACUCACUCUGUGUAAAAUAAUAGGGGUUGACAGAUUCAUAAAAGCCUCAUAUAGAAGGGCAGUGAUUGGUAGAUGGGUAACAAUAACAAAUCAGACAUUGAAUAUCUCUUUAAGCAUGGUCAAGUUAGUAAUUAUGCUGUGGAUUAUGUAUUAAACCAACCAGACACAACAAAGAUACAGUCGUCCUUCUGAACUGAGCAGCAGGACAGGAAUGAACUGCUCCAUGAGGCCAUUGGCCACGGUUACAGAGUUAAAUGGCUUUGAUGGGAGAAAACUGAGGAUGGAUCAACAACAUUGUAGCGACUCCACAAUAAUGACUUAAAUUACAGCGUGAAAAGAAGAAUACAAAUAUAUUUAUUAAAAAUAUUACAAAACAUGCAUCCUGUGUGCAACAAGGCACCAAAGUAAUACUGAAAAAAUAAAAAAUGAAAAAAGGGAAUACACUUUUUGGCCUAAAUGCAAAGCCUUAUGUUUGGGGCAAAUCCUAUACAACACAUCACUGAGUAACUGCCUCCUUAUUUUCAAGCAUGGUGGUGGCUGCAUCAUGGUAUGGGUAUGCUUGACAUUGGCAAAUACUGUGGCAUUUUUCAGGAUAAAAAGAAACGGGAUGGAGCUAAGCACAGACAAAAUCCUAAAGGAAAACCUGCUUCAGUCUGCUUUCCAACGGACACUGGGAGAUUCAUUCACCUUUCAGCAGGACAAUAACCUACACACAAGGCCAAAUAAUCACUGGAGUUGCUUACCAAGAAGACAGUGAAUGUUUCUGAGUGGCUAAGUUACAGUUUUGACUUAAAUCUGCUUGAAAAUCUAUGGCAAGACUUGAAAAUUGCUGUCUAUCCAUGAUCCUCAACAUCUUGACGGAGCUUGAAGAAUUAUAAAAGUAGUAUUGGGCUAAUAUUGCACAAGCCAGGUGUGUAAAGUGCUUAUUUGUCUUUAUUAUGGAUCCCCAUUAGCUGAUGCCAAGGCAGCAGCUACUCUUCCUGGGGUCCAGCAAAAUUAAGGCAGUUCAUAGAAUUUUAAAAACAUUACAAUACAUUCACAGAUUUCACAACACACUGUGUGCCCUCAGGCCCCUACUCCACCACUACCACAUAUCUACAGUACAAAAAUCCAUGUGUACAUGUGUGUAUAGUGCGCAUGUUAUCGUGUGUGUGUAUGCAUGUGUCUGCGCCUAUGUUUGUGUUGCUUCACAGUCCCCGCUGUUCCAUAAGAUGUUUUUUUAUCCGUUUUUUAAAUCUAAUUGUACUACUUUCAUCAGUUACUUGAUGUGGAAUAGAGUUCCAUGUAGUCAUGACUCUAUGUAGUACUGUGCGCCUCCCAUAGUCUGUUCUGGACUUGGGGACUGUGAAGAGACCUCUGGUGGCAUGUCUUGUGGGGUAUGCAUGGGUGACCGAGCUGUGCGCCAGUAGCUCAAACAGACAGCUCAGUGCACCCAACAUGUCAACACCUCUCAUAAACACAAGUAGUGAUGAAGUCAAUCUCUCCUCCACUUUGAGCCAGGAGAGAUCGACAUGCAUAUUAUGUUAGCUCUCUGUGUACAUCCAAGGGCCCGCCGUGCUGCCCUGUUCUGAGCCAAAGUCCUUUUUUGUUGCACCUGACCACACGACUGAACAGUAGUCCAGGUGUGACAAAACUAGGGCCUUUAGGACCUGCCUUGUUGAUAGUGCUGUUGAGAAGGUAGAGUGGCACUUUAUUAUGGACAUACUUCUCCCCAUCUUAGCUACUGUUGUAUCAAUAUGUUUUGACCAUGACAGUUUACAAUCCAGGGUUACUCCAAGCAGUUUAAUCACCUCAGCUUAGAGACUUAGAGUUGAAUACUUAUGCAACGACAAUAUUUUAGUUAUUUAAUUUAUAUUAAUCACAAAAACAAAAAAAAAAAAAAAAUUCUUCCACUUUGACAUUAAAGAGUAUUUUGUGUGGAUUGAUGACAUACAAAAAAAAAUGUGUUCCCACUUUUGAACACAAUCAAAGUUGAAUAAUUCCAAUGAAUGUGAAUACACAAUGUUGCUGUGUAUGUUGGAUGUGUGCUAUAUCAAUGUCUGCUCAACUGCAAACUGCAGUUAUCCCAGUCAGUCAGUCAGGUACAGUGUCAUAAGCUUGGUAGCAAGCCUACAGUAAGUGACGCUUAAACAUUUAUGUCAUAGGAAGCCAACCCAACGUACUAAUCAUUAAUAGAUGCUGACAGAUUAGCGACUAGCAAUCCAAAUUAGCCGUGUCUCCAGCAGCUACAUGACAGGUACAUAUGCUACGAUGCUACAAGAUAAUUGGUGUCUUCAUUAACUGUUGACAGGAAGGUACAGAAGCGCCACACUGCCUCACAAGAUGAUGUCACUGAGUCAGAGCUGGGAGCAGAAACCGAUUACAGGUCCUACCAGACUCUCACUGGCUGGCACUCUCCCUGGCACUCUAUCUGGCAGAUAGCACACAGGAUGAGCCCAGACAGGAGUGGCACCACUGCCAGCUGGGAUAUCCCCCAGUGCCCAUCGAGGGGCUGGUAUGGCUGGCAGGUCUGGCAGGUCCAUGCAGCCCCGACAAACUAGCCUUGACGGCUCAGUAGAUGAGAGGGCUCCAUAUUACAGGGGGCACCGGUUUGAUGGCUGUUUAUUGGCCUUGAAACCGCCAUUUCAUGUAAAAUCAUUUAAAUUAGAAAUAUGGCAGUGUGAAAACUUAUGGUAUUCAAAAUUAACCAAUAAAUUGAGGGCCUUGGCCAGAAUGGAUGUCACUGCGAGCACCACAUAGGGAAGUUUUGUCAUGAUUACCAUUUAAUACAUUUUGUUGAACAUGUCUUGUUUCCAUUCACCUUCUCAUCCAGGAAGACCUCUAACACGUGGCUGAGCACUGGCUGGUUCACAAUGGCCAUUGCCCUGGAACUCUGUGACAGGGUCAAUGUCUAUGGCAUGGUGUCUCCGGACUUCUGCAGGUGGGUUGGGUUCUGCACAGUGCUGUCCGACAGGGAUUAUUACCCCAAUUAUACUAAUAUAUUACUAAUAGGCAACUAGGGUUGCAAAGGGUGGGUAUAUUACUGGAAACUUUCAAAGUUUACUAGAAAACGACCAGAACUUUGGUAACUUUUAAUUUUUAAUUUUAUUUUAUCAGAUGACUUCUAGUGGCCUUUUUGGGUACUUAAGAUUAUCACAGGUGUCUGUUAUUGUCUCUGGCCCUCUGUGUGUACUUAUCACAUGUACAAUUUAGAAAAUAAUCAAAUAAAAUGAUUUAAAUUGAAAAAAUUGAAUGACAAAGAUGUAAAACAUUAUCCAAAAUAUAAACCAUCAACUUAUUGAAUGCCAUUGGUGUUUAAUAUAAGCAUGUCAGCAUUAAAUAUCCUUUAUAUUUUUAUUAUUUAUUUUACUAUGUCUUUGUUGUAAAUGUUUUGGCGCCAAACUGGUGGCAGUUGUGAAAAAAGCCAAUAGUUGGAAGAGUUGCAGAGUUCAUUGAAAAUAAUGACAUUGUUGAUUAGAUACUGUGCUUUUUAAAAUUAAUUAGGCAAUUUUUCUUGAACAAUAUGGUCUAUCCACUAGAAACACAUGGACAAUAUGGACACAGAUAUAAAAAAUGAAUACUAUAUAUAUGUAUAUAUAUACUAUAUACAGUGCCUUGCAAAAACAUUCGUCCCUGUUCGCGUUUUUCCUGUUUUGUUGCAUUACAACCUGUAAUUUAAAUGGAUUUGUAUUUGAUUUCAUGUAAUGGACAUACACAAAAUAGUCCAAAUUGGUGAAGUGAAAUGAAAAAAAUUACUUGUUUAAAAAAAUUCAAAAAAAUAAAUAACUGAAAAGUGGUGCGUGCAUAUGUAUUCACCCUCUUUGCUAUGAAGCCCCUAAAUAAGAUCUGGUGCAACCAAUUAGCUUCGGAAGUCACAUAAUUAGUUAAAUAAAGUCCACCUGUGUGCAAUCUAAAUGUCACAUGAUCUGUCACAUGAUCUCAGUAUAUAUACACCUGUUCUGAAAGGCCCCAGAGUCUGCAACACCACUAAGCAAGGGGCACCACCAAGCAAGCGGCACCAUGAAGACCAAGGAGCUCUCCAAACAGGUCAGGGACAAAGUUGUGGAGAAGUACAGAUCAGGGUUGGGUUAUAAAAAAAUAUCAGAAACUUUGAACAUACCACGGAGCACCAUUAAAUCCAUUAUUAAAAAUGAAAAGAAUAUGGCACCACAACAAACCUGCCAAGAGAGGGCCGCCCACCAAAACUCACAGACCAGGCAAGGAGGGCAUUAAUCAGAGAGGCAACAAAGAAACCAAAGAUAACCCUGAAGGAGCUGCAAAGCUCCACAGCGGAGAUUGGAGUAUCUGUCCAUAGGGCCACUUUAAGCCGUACACUCCACAGAGCUGGGCAUUACGGAAGAGUGGCCAGAAAAAAAGCCAUUGCUUAAAGAAAAAAAUAAGCAAAACGUUUGGUGUUCGCCAAAAUGCAUGUGGGAGACUCCCCAAACAUAUGGAAGAAGGUACUCUGGUCAGAUGAGACUAAAAUUGAGCUUUUUGGCCAUCAAGGAAAACGCUAUGUCUGGCGCAAACCCAACACCUCUCAUCAACCCGAGAACACCAUUCCUACAGUGAAGCGUGGUGGUGGCAGCAUCAUGCUGUGGGGAUGUUUUUCAUCAGCAGGGACUGGGAAACUGGUCAGAAUUGAAGGAAUGAUGGAUGGUGCUAAAUACAGGGAAAUUCUUGAGGGAAACCUGUUUCAGUCUUCCAGAGAUUUGAGAUUGGGACGGAGGUUCACCUUCCAGCAGGACAAUGACCCUAAGCAUACUGCUAAAACAACACUCGAGUGGUUUAAGGGGAAACAUUUAAAUGUCUUGGAAUGGCCUAGUCAAAGCCCAGACCUCAAUCCAAUUGAAAAUCUGUGUUAUUUACAUUUACAUUUACGUCAUUUAGCAGACGCUCUUAUCCAGAGCGAUUUACAAAUUGGACUGACUUAAAGAUUGCUGUACACCAGCGGGGGGGGGGGGGGUGAAUAGUUAUGCACGCUCAAGUGCUGUUUCUUUUUCUUAUUUUUUGUUUGUUCCACAAUAAAAAUUAUUUUGCAUCUUCAAAGUGGUAGGCAUGUUGUGUAAAUCAAAUGAUACAAACCCCCCAAAAUCAAUUUUAAUUCCAGGUUGUAAGGCAACAAAAUAGGAAAAAUGCCAAGGGGGGUGAAUACUUUCGCAAGCCACUGUACUAAUAUACAGUAUAUGAAUGCAUUUUUUAUUUUUAUUAUUUGAGUAUUAAUUACUGAAAAUUCCAUAGGCAACUAUCACUAGUAUUACUAUUAUUAUUAUUAUGAAUAUUUAUGUUCUGGCAAAUACAAUGUACAUGCUUGUGUCCUGAAUAUCCUGACUGCAUAGAAAAAUGUUUUUAUUGUCACAUACACUGGAUAGGUGCAGUGAAAUGUGUUGUUUUACAGGGUCAGCCAUAGUAGUACAGCACCCCUGGAACAAAUGAGGUUUAAGUGCCUUGCUCAAGGUCACAGACAGAUUUUUCACCUUGUCGGCUCAGGUAUUCAAACCAGUGACCUUUUGGUUACUGGCCCAAAGCUCUAACCUGCCGCCUGUAGAUUGAUUGAAGAUUACAGUAACUCCAGAUAUUAAGCUGAUAUCCAUAGGCAGGUCCAUGGGACCAUAUCAAAUGUCUGUGCUGUGUGAAUGAUUAAUGCUGGCUCAAACGCCCCUCUGUCUGCUGGCUCAAACUCCCCUCUGAGGCCUGAGCCUACUGAGUGUAGUACUGUCAGGAUCAUCACAGGGAUCAUAGGACUAGCUUUGAUGAGCACAGGGCUCUCAUGGCUAAGAAAUAUUUUUAUGAUAUCUCUCUCAUCUAUCUCUUUCUCUCUAUCCCUCUCUCUCUCUCUCUCUCUCUCUCUCUCUCUCCCUCCCUCCCUCCCUCCCUCCUCUCUCUCUCUCUCUCUCUCUCUCUCUCUCUCUCACACGCACACUCUCCCUCUUUCUCUCUGUUAAUCUAUCUCUCCGUCACUCCCCUGCCCAUUCUCACUGUCUGUCUUCCCCCUCUUCCAUUUCCUCCCUCAAACUUCUCCCCACUUCUCCCUUCAUAUCCCCCUUUCUCCCUCUCUCUUCUCAUCCUCUUUUCACAGGACUCCCUCCCAUCUCUCAGUGCCGUAUCAUUACUAUGAGCCCUCUGGGCCCGACGAGUGCUCGAUGUAUCUCUCCCACGAGCACAACCAGCACGGCAGCCACCACCGCUUCAUCACGGAGAAAACGGUGUUCGCCAACUGGGCCCAGAAGUAUGACAUCCACUUCUACCAGCCAGACUGGAGCCCGUCCUCUACUCUCAAUGGAAGCAGCUCACACACACCUGCUCCAGCUGUCUCCUGA